CGUCCCAUUCGCCGGAAGGACGCGGGCUCCUCACCCAGGGGGCGCGGGAUGGCGCUGAUUGGGGCGGCGGCGAGGGGAAGGAGCGGCGCGGCGCUGCUACAGAUCCGCCGCAGAGCCCACGCCGGGGCGGCAGCAGCGCCGGCCACGGAGACGUCUUCGCGCCUCAAGAGGUUUGCCAUCUACCGGUGGAGCCCCGACAACCCCGGAGAGAAGCCUCGCAUGCAGACCUACGAGAUCGACCUCAACAGGUGUGGCCCAAUGGUUCUCGACGCCCUGAUCAAGAUCAAGAACGAAAUGGAUUCUACCCUGACUUUCCGCAGGUCCUGCAGAGAAGGCAUUUGCGGCUCAUGUGCUAUGAACAUAAAUGGAGGGAACACUCUGGCUUGCACCAAGAGGAUUGACACCGAUCUCAACAAGGUCACCAAGAUCUAUCCUCUCCCUCACAUGUAUGUGGUGAAAGACCUUGUGCCUGACAUGAGCAACUUCUAUGCCCAAUACAAAGCCAUCCAGCCUUACUUGAAAAAGAAGGACGAGUCAAACCAGGGCAAAGAGCAGUAUUUCCAGUCCAUUGAAGAUCGGGAGAAGCUGGACGGGCUCUACGAAUGUAUCCUCUGUGCUUGCUGCAGCACCAGCUGCCCCAGUUACUGGUGGAACGGUGACAAGUACCUUGGCCCAGCCGUGCUCAUGCAGGCCUAUCGCUGGAUGAUCGACUCCCGAGAUGAGUACACAGCGGAGCGCUUGGCACAGCUGCAAGACCCUUUCUCCCUCUACCGCUGCCACACCAUCAUGAACUGCACCAAGACCUGCCCCAAGGGCCUGAAUCCUGGGAAGGCAAUUGCUGAAAUCAAGAAAAUGAUGGCCACGUAUAAAGAGAAGGCAGCCCACGCCUAACUGCUCCACCAUGCACCUGCCUUCCUGCUGGAAGCUCUUUAACUUAUAUCUGAUUUUUCAGUGGGGUCUCAGACUCCACCUUGUUUGUGUGGAUUUUCUCCCUUGAUGUACAAUGAAACCUGCAUGGACUAAUAAAGAUUCUUCCGUUC